ACAAGUUUCUUGCCUCUUAACACUCAACGGCUACAGUAACAUCUCUAGGUAAGUCACUUUGUUUUGUCUCUUGAGUGGGUUUGUUUUGUAGAAUGAUGUGUGGAAACUUUGGGAUAGAGGACGUAUAAACGUUUUUUUGGCCAAAAAGAGAAUGUAUAAACUUUUAGAUUAUCUUUCGUAAUUAUUAAUACAAUAAUGCUGCAUAUUGUUUGGAUUCAAUUCAAGAGUACAGCAGCCGAGGAGAGAGACUUCUUGGCGUGGAAAAAUGGAAAUACCAAAACCAAUCCCUGUAUAUUCAUUUCUUUUAAUUUUGCCCCUAUACUUUUUAUUCUACACUGUAACACCAACUUCUUCAGCUCCCAUGCAAGAUCAAUUCAUCACCUGUCUCCACGAAAACUCAAAUGUUUCUUUCCCACUCGCAGAAACGUUCUUUGUUCCAGCGAAAAAUGUCUCUAUGUUCAGAGAAGUCCUUGAAUCAACCUCACAAAAUCUCCGGUUCUUGAGUAAAACCAUGCCUAAACCGGAAUUCAUAUUCAAACCGAUUGACGUGUCUCACGUCCAAGCUACCAUCAUCUGCUCCAAGAAACUUGGAACUCAUCUUCGUUUCAGAAGCGGCGGUCACGAUUACGAAGGCUUGUCCUAUGUCUCGGAGAUGGAAGAGCCGUUUAUAUUGAUGGAUCUAUCAAAUCUGAGACAAAUCAACGUUAAUAUUAAAGACAGCAGUGCUUGGGUUCAAGCUGGUGCUACUGUUGGUGAACUUUACUACAGGAUAGCAGAGAAGAGCAGAGUCCAUGGGUUUCUAGCAGGUUUGUGCUCAAGCUUAGGCAUAGGUGGGCACAUAACAGGAGGUGCGUACGGUUCUAUGAUGAGGAAAUACGGUCUUGGUGGAGAUAACGUGUUAGACGCAAAGAUUAUUGAUGCCAACGGUAAAUUACUAGACAGAAGUUCCAUGGGUGAGGAUAUGUUUUGGGCGAUCAGAGGAGGAGGUGGAGCGAGUUUUGGGAUUAUUCUAGCAUGGAAGAUCAAGCUUGUUCCUGUUCCAAAAACCGUAACCGUUUUCACCGUCACCAAAACGUUAGAACAAGACGUGGGCAACAAGAUUCUUUCAAAGUGGCAAGCGGUAGCAGCUGACAAGCUUGUUGAAGAACUAUUCAUCAGAGUAAUAUUCAGCGUAGCUGCAAACAACGGAAGCAAGACUGCGACGACGACUUAUAAUGCUCUGUUUCUUGGUGAUAAAGACACAUUACUAAAUGUUAUGAAGAAAGGCUUCCCGGAACUAGGGCUUACAUCGAAUGAUUGUGUCGAAAUGAGCUGGAUUGAAUCCGUUGUUUACAUUUCUGGAUUCCCGAGCCAAACGCCGACUGAUGUUUUGCUUCAAGGGAAGUCGCCUAAUCCAAAGAUCAACUUCAAAGCCAAAUCUGAUUUCGUGAAGAAACCGAUUCCCAAAUCCGGCCUGAUCGGGAUGUUCAAGAAGUUGCUAGAAGAAGACUCGGCACUGAUGAUAUGGAAUCCUUACGGAGGAGUGAUGGCUGAAAUUCCUGAGUCAUAUAUCCCUUUCCCGCAUAGAAAAGGUGUCAUCUUCAAGAUCCAGUAUGUAACGGCUUGGCCAAACAGCGACAAGAAACCGAGCAGGCACAUCAACUGGAUAAGAGACAUGUACAGUUACAUGAUGCCAUAUGUCUCAUGCAAUCCGCGAGAAGCCUAUGUGAACUACCGUGAUCUGGACCUGGGAAGGAACAAGAAAAACGCAAAGACGAGCUUUAAACAAGCCCAAGUCUGGGGAGCAAAGUACUUCAAAGACAAUUUUAACAGAUUGGUGAUGAUCAAAUCAAAGGUUGAUCCGGAAAACUUCUUUAGACAUGAGCAGAGCAUCCCACUUCUGCCCGUCUAAGGCUGAACUCAUUAUAUUAUCACAACUAUGUGAAAUAGUCACAAAGGUACAUUGCACCUUGCUUACGAACUUGCAAUAAACUAGAAGAAAUGGUUGUUCUGCAUUUCUUACAAAAUGUUCUGGCUAUAAUAAUGUUGAUCCAUGUGAUACUUUAUGUCAAUUCAAAAACAGAUAAUUGUUU